GUGCCAUAAAACGCAAGGUGGAAUUAGAGCGGGGUACAGAGGACACAGAAUAUCUUCAGAAGGUGCAUACUCACGUGGAAGGAGCAUCGAAUGAAUUAAAACCUGACAUCAUUGCUUAUGAUGCUGGGACUGAUAUUCUGGAUGGUGAUCCGUUGGGAGGACUUGCUAUUUCGCCUCAGGGAAUUGUGAAGAGAGAUGAAAUUGUCUUCAGGGCUGCCAGAAGCCGCAGAAUCCCAAUCCUGAUGGUGACAUCCGGAGGCUACCAGAGGAGGACAGCAUGGAUUAUUGCCGAUUCCAUCCUCAACUUGCACAACCUGGGGCUCAUUGACAGGGAGCUGGCAGCCAGUGGAGCUGGAAAUCCCAAGGUAGAACAGAUGAUUCCAGACUCUGCGAAAGACUUAACCAACUUGUCACUGCAAUGA